UUUUUUACAAAAACCCCAAGGAAGAAGCAGAAACAAAUAAAAAUUAGUCAUCAAACAAAAUUUAAUGUGAAUUAAAUAUCAAUUCUAAAAUUACCACAUUUACCUCAGGAAAAACAAUCAGAAAGCAAUAAGAAAAAUGAAUCGUCUAUUUGGACGCGGCAAGCCUAAAGAGCCUGGACCAAGCCUCAACGAUUGCAUCUCUGGUGUCGAUGCCCGAGCCACCAAUAUUGAGGAGAAGAUUGCCAAGCUGGAGACAGAGCUGCGUAAAUAUCGGGAACAAAUGUCCAAGAUGCGUGAGGGACCAGCAAAGAACUCUGUAAAGCAAAAGGCAUUACGGGUGCUCAAACAAAAGAAAGCAUAUGAACAACAGGCCGAAUCUCUGCGCAAUCAAUCCUUCAACAUGGAACAAGCUAAUUAUGCGGCACAAUCUCUCAAGGAUACUCAAGCCACAGUCGCGGCCAUGAAGGAUGGCGUCAAGCAAAUGAAGAAUGAAUACAAAAAGAUCAAUAUUGAUCAAAUUGAGGAUAUACAAGACGAUAUGGCCGAUAUGUUCGAACAGGCAGAUGAAGUUCAAGAGGCCUUGGGACGCACCUAUGGUAUGCCCGAGGUGGAUGAUGAUGAUUUGCAGGCUGAAUUGGAUGCAUUGGGUGAUGAAAUUGCCUUAGAUGAUGAUUCCAGCUAUUUGGAUGAUGUGGUCAAGGCUCCUGAGGCACCUGACAGAGAGCCAGGAGCCGACAGUAUUGUUCAACCGGGAAAGAGCACCAUUGAAACUGAUGAAUUUGGCCUUCCGAAAAUUCCUACCUCUUUGAAGACCACAUAAAUGAUGUUUUUUGCAUUCUACUCGUAUUAAAUAUAAAUUAAUACAUACAUAUAGAAAUGAAA